UAGAGGGAGUGACGGGAUCAGGACACAGAGUGUGACGCACGGUGACUCACGUAACAACGUCCUGUGACGACUGCUGACUGCAAAUAUGAAGAAGGUAGUGUGGCUGGUGAUGGUGGUGGUGGUGCACACUGCUCCCGUGGAUCAAGAGCCAGUGCCCAGGACACAACUCCUCGACCAGCAACACCUGACCCCACGGCCGUACGCCUUCAAGUUCAUCAUCAACGACGAGGUUGAGAACGUACGUUUCGCCCAGGCUGCUCAGGGGGACGACCAGGGUCGUGUUCGUGGCACCUACUCUUAUGUUCGCCCUGAUAAUGUACUUGUUAUUGUCCAUUACACUGCUGACGCCGAGGGCUUCCAUCCAGUCAUUGUGGAGCGUCCUGCUUCUCAGUUCAGGAAGAACCCGUCAGGAACCUCCACCUUCACUAUGUUACUACCUGAUACUGAAGAGUUCAGCGUCAAGCUCACAGCAGACCAGCUCAGGGAGUAUCGUCAGCAGGCCGCCCUCAGGGAACAACAAGCCGCCCAACAGGGUUAACAGGCCGCCCAAAGGGACCAACAGGCCGUUCAACGAUACCAGAAAACUUAACUGGUCGCCAUCUUGCAGUUCUCACUGUUUCGUGAAUUAUACAAACGGCUGACUACCUCAUAUUAAAAACCAAUAAGUAAUUAUACAGAUUUAAUCACCAGAAAAUUAUCCACUCAGUAAAAUUUAGACAGUGUUUCACUUUUA